GCGGUGGCCGACCGGCCAGCCGGGAGGGAGGGAUGCCGGGGCUGGGGAGUCGGGUCCCCUUGGGGGACGGGAAUCGUCUCUGAAGGCCGGGGAGGGGGCCAGGCAUCAGCAUCCGGACCCGGCUCCCUCCUGCAUCCCUCCUGCAUCCGCGCCGCCGCCGCCACCAGCUGCUGGAGCAGCAGCGCCGCCGCCUCCCCCGCCUGGUGCAAAGGCAGGAUCUGGGGCUUAAUUUCCAUUCUUUCCUGAGGAGGCCCCUGCGUGCCCCUCCCCAUCCCGCUUGGCAUGAUGAUGUGCGAAGUGAUGCCCACCAUCAAUGAGGACAACCGCCGUGGUUCGGCCUAUGGGGCCGAUGAUGCCAACUUUGAACAGCUUAUGGUCAACAUGCUGAAUGAGCGGGAACGGCUGCUGGAGACACUGCGCGACACACAGGAGAGCCUGGCCACUUCACAGCUUCGCUUGCGGGAGCUGGGCCAUGAGAAAGAAUCCCUCCAGCGACAGCUCAACAUUGCCCUCCCACAGGAGUUUGCAGCCCUCACUAAGGAGCUCAACUUGUGUCGGGAACAACUGUCGGAGCGUGAGGAGGAAAUCUCAGAGCUGAAGGCAGAACGGAACAACACAAGGCUGCUGCUGGAACACCUGGAAUGCCUCGUCUCGCGACACGAACGCUCCCUCCGCAUGACGGUGGUGAAACGCCAGGCCCAGUCACCGGCUGGCGUCUCCAGCGAAGUGGAGGUGUUGAAAGCCCUCAAGUCUCUCUUUGAACAUCACAAGGCCCUGGAUGAGAAGGUUCGAGAACGGCUACGAGUGGCAUUAGAGCGGGUUGCAGUACUGGAGGAGGAGCUGGAAAUGUCCAAUCAAGAGUCCCUCUCCCUUCGUGAGCAGCUCGCUCGACGCCGAUCUGGUCUAGAUGAUCCCAGCAAAGAGGGAGACAGUCAAAUUUGUGCAAAUGGAUCGGGCUCCCUUGAUUUGGGACAUGGUGGUCGAGAGUCUGAACUAGAGGAGAUCCUGGAGCGCCAGCGAGGAGAACUGUCCCAGCUGAAGGAGCGACUUACCAUGCUCUGUCGGCAGAUGGCGGAACUUGAGGAAGAGUUGGCCACAGCCCAACGGGACCUCAUCAAAUCUGAAGAGAUCAAUGCCAAGCUGCAAAGAGACCUCAAGGAGGCGUUAGCCCAACGGGAAGAUAUGGAGGAGCGGAUCACCACUCUGGAAAAACGCUACCUGAGUGCCCAGCGGGAGGCAACCUCUCUUCAUGAUGUCAAUGACAAGCUGGAGAACGAGUUGGCCAGUAAGGAGUCCUUGUACCGACAAAGUGAAGAGAAGAACAGGCAGCUACAAGAUUGGUUGGAAGAUGCCAAGCAGAAGCUUCAGCAGACCCUUCAGAAGGCUGAGACCUUACCUGAGAUAGAAGCCCAGUUAGCCCAGCGAGUGGCUGCCCUCAACAAGGCAGAGGAGCGUCAUGGGAAUUUUGAAGAACGCUUGCGGCAACUUGAGGCCCAACUGGAAGAGAAGAACCAAGAGCUCCAACGGGCCCGGCAGAGAGAGAAGAUGAAUGAUGAGCACAACAAACGCCUGUCUGAAACGGUGGACAAAUUGCUCUCUGAAUCCAAUGAACGGCUCCAGUUGCAUCUCAAGGAGCGGAUGGGGGCCCUGGAGGAGAAGAAUACCCUGAGUGAGGAAAUUGCCAACAUGAAGAAGGUUCAGGAUGAGCUCUUGGCAAAUAAGGAACAGCUGCUAGCUGAGAUAGAAAGGAUGCAAAUGGAGAUUGACCAGUUACGUGGACGCCCAGUCUCUACCUAUUCCCGGUCUCUGCCGGGCAGCGUGCUGGAGCUGCGUUACUCCCAGGCACCCACGCUGCCCGUGGGGGCCCACGUGGACCAUUACAGCAGUGCUGGUGUGGCACGACGUUCAAAGAAGGGCCGCUGGAGUGUCAAGGAUGAAGCCACCAAGGUGGCAUCCUCCUCUCAGGAGUGGGAGAGGGCUCAACAGGCAGCCGCCGGAGGUCCUUUUGAGGGUGGAUUGGAUGGCUCAGAUGAAGAUGAGCGCGACCCCCUUUUCAGCUCAGCGGACCUGCUAUCCCCCAGUGGGCAGGCUGAUGUGCAGACUUUGGCCAUUAUGCUACAGGAGCAGCUGGAAGCCAUCAACAAAGAAAUCAAGCUGAUCCAGGAGGAAAAGGAAUCCACAGAACAGCGGGCGGAGGAAAUUGAAAGCCGGGUAACCAGCGCCAGUUUGGAUGGAUCUCUGGGCCGGUAUCGCUCAGGGACUUCAAUUCCUCCCUCUGUCACCAGCUCCACUCUGGCCAGUCCGUCUCCCCCUAGCAGCGGCCAUUCUACACCACGCCUGGCACCUCACAGUCCUGCUCGCGAUGGAGAGAAAAUGCAGAACCACAUUGCCAAGGAAGAGGGGCGAGGGUCCGAGGAGAAGGCCCUGGCGUUGUGUGAACCCCCGGCUCCCUCCACCCCCCGCACGAUGCGUCUAGAGCGCAUGACCCAAGCCUUAACCUUGCAGGCUGGAGCACUGGAAGAUGGGAGGGACCUGAGGUCCAGCUUGGGAGCAGAUGGCACCAACAGCAGCCAGGAUUCCUUGCACAAGUCCACCAAGAAGAAGAGCAUCAAGUCCUCCAUUGGGCGCCUGUUUGGCAAGAAGGAGAAAGGAAGACUGGGACAGUUGGGCCGUGAGUCUCCCUCGCUUGCUGGGACACCAUCAGAUGAGAUGCCUGCAGACCCUCUGGGCCUUUCUAAACUGUCGGGGCCUGUGGACAAGGACCGCAGGAACAAAAAAAAGCAUGAGCUGCUGGAGGAAGCUUGCCGGCAAGGCUUACCUUUUGCUUCCUGGGAUGGGCCCACUGUUGUCUCCUGGCUGGAGCUCUGGGUUGGCAUGCCAGCCUGGUACGUGGCUGCUUGCCGUGCCAAUGUCAAGAGUGGUGCCAUUAUGGCCAACCUGUCCGACACAGAAAUCCAGCGGGAAAUUGGCAUCAGCAACCCCUUGCACCGGCUCAAGUUGCGCCUCGCCAUUCAGGAGAUGGUAUCGCUAACCAGCCCCUCAGCACCUGCAACAUCCCGUACAUCAACUGGAAAUGUAUGGAUGACGCAUGAAGAGAUGGAAUCUCUCACAGCCACAACAAAACCAGAGACAAAGGAAAUCAUCUGGGAGCAGAUCUUGGCAUACGGUGACAUGAACCAUGAGUGGGUGGGAAAUGAUUGGCUGCCUAGCUUGGGUUUGCCUCAGUACCGCAGCUAUUUCAUGGAGUCACUAGUUGAUGCUCGGAUGUUGGACCACCUUAACAAGAAGGAACUGCGGGGUCAGCUUAAGAUGGUUGAUAGCUUCCAUAGGGUGAGCCUCCAUUAUGGGAUAAUGUGCCUCAAGCGUCUUAACUAUGAUAGGAAGGAACUGGAGAGAAGACGGGAAGAAAGUCAAAACCAAAUCAAAGAUGUGAUGGUCUGGUCCAAUGAGCGUGUCAUGUACUGGGUACAAAUGAUUGGGCUGAAAGAGUUUGCCAACAACCUGGUCGAGAGUGGGGUGCAUGGAGCGCUCCUUGCCUUGGACGACACCUUUGAUUGCAACGAUUUGGCCCUGCUGCUACAGAUCCCUACCCAAAAUACACAGGCUAGACAAUUGUUGGAAAAAGAAUUUACAAACCUCAUCACCAUGGGAACAGACCGGAGACUGGAUGAGGACAGUGCCAAGACCUUCAGUCGUUCCCCAUCUUGGCGGAAGAUGUUCCGGGAAAAGGACCUCCGUGGCGUCAGCCCUGAUUCGGCUGAGAUGCUGCCAGCCAAUUUCCGCACAGCCUCCGUGGCCUCCAUUACCUCACCCGGGGUGCAGCUUCGUAAGAUGCAGCCAGAGGGGAACUCACUAGGUAGCCAACGGGCAGACAGUAUGUCAGUGCGAACAUACUCCUGUUAAUGCCAAGACAGCAGAGUUGCUGUCCUGAGGGUGUCUGGCCACCCUGCCUUGGACAGGAGGAUGGCCCACAGCCGCUACUGCUGCCGCCGCCGCCGCCCCUCUUUCCUCAUCAC